AUGAGUCGUAAAGAGCAGGAAAGUGUGACGACGACGGUUUACGCUGUGCGUUUAGUGCACGCUGUGGUGCUGUGGUUGGCGGUGGUAUUCUUUGGGAUAUCUGUGGUGUUCCUUAAACGUCGUCUGCCGCGGGCUACUCCGAUUUCUUUUUACUUCUGCUGUCUGUUGGGCAUCGGCGGUGUUUUCGUCUCCGCCCUCUAUCAGCUGGCCGGUCCCCGGUCUGCGCGCGGUGGUGGUGGUGGUAUUUUUUGGGUGACUUGGGCGGGUCUUGUCUGCUGGCUUUUGCUUUUGAUGCGCUCUGUGCGUCACGCAAAUCUCCCAGACGUAUUGUUUGUCUUCCUGUUGCUUGCGCUUGUGGGUAUGGAGUGCACCGGAAUAGUACUGCAGUUUAUCUCCACUCGUUCUCGAAUUGCGGACAUUCUCAUGGAUGCGUUUAUUGCGGUGCCGCACAUGCUUGUCUUUGUGACGCUUGUGGGGUGGGAUUGGCUGAUGGUGAAUGACAUUGCCCUCGUGUUUCGCGAAAACACCCCAAUUGAAGGAGACAGAUACGAGGGAAAUAAUAAGGAUGAUGAUGAUGAUGAUGAUGGCGGCCUUGGCCAUGUCCAUGACAAAAAGCCCCAUGCGUUUUUUUUGCUUCCUCCUAGUCAAGAUAUUUUCAUACAGAGCUCGGCCGCAUCCUCCUUGUUUGGUGAGAGUUUGCGCUUUGAUGGGCACACGUCCAUCAUCCGAACAAUCGUGCGUCACUGGGGUCCGACGUACUUCCUGCUCGCACUCGUGCGUCUCUUGUAUGAUUUUGGUGGACUUCUUCCGGCGUAUUUUCUUCGUCAAUUGGUGGACAAUCUUAUGCAGGCGAAAACAAGUGGAAAGAAAGGGAAAGAUGGAGGAGCAGACAUCCACAUGUCUAUUAUCAGUGUUCUGCUUAUUGUUAUAAUUACCCUGACCUGCACGUUUCUUCGUGUGCAUUACAACAUGAAACUACAGAAGAUGUCGCUUUACAACCGAAAUCUUCUAACCAUCGAGCUUUUUCACAGCGCAAUCAGAUGUCGUCGACACCAAUUAGGAAACCAGAGAGAAGGGGAAAUUAUGAAUUACCUUUCCGUGGAUGUACAACGUGUUGCCGAUGCUGUGCAAACAAUAAAUGAUCUUUGGGCCUUGCCACUUCAACUGGCAUUUGCCCUUUAUUUAUUGUAUGUUCAGGUAUCUUUUGCUUUUGUCGCCGGGGUGGUUGUCACAAUUAUACUCAUUCCUGUAAAUAUGCAGCUGGCUAAGCGCAUUAAACACGUACAGACCAGUCUUAUGCGUGAGAAUGACGAACGUGUACUGACUAUCACGGAGAUUAUGAACAAUAUUUUAUGCGUGAAAAUGUGCGGUUUGUCACAUAUCGUGCAGCGAUGGGUGGAGAUUCCACGAUCACGAUACAUGAAACAUCUUUGUUGGCUUAAGUUUUUGGACGCCUUCUGUGUUUUUUUCUGGGCUGUCACACCCACACUUGUGUCACUUCUUACUUUCAUCACGUUUAUCUGGAUGGGAGGAAAACUAACGCCUGGCAAAGCCGUCACCGCCUUGGCACUUUUUGGCUCCCUCAUCCUCCCAUUAAAUGCGUAUCCCUGGGUGAUCAAUGGCUCUGUGGAGGCGUAUGUUUCUUGGCAGCGUUUAAAGCCUUUUUUUUUCAGUUCAAAAGAUCAGGGCUGUUUUUUUGAUGGAACCACAUCGGUUAUACCUGGUGCCGACGACGAAGUGGUGCUAUGUGACGUGAGGGAAAACAUAAUAAAUACAAAUUUACUAGAAGAGGAACAGAAAAGUCUGCACAUGCCGGGGGAAAAUCAACCCCUUUUGCAGGCAACGAAUCAACUCAUGUGUGGUGUGCAUCCCGUGGAACAGCAUCAGUUAAAUAGUCCUAAACAACGGCAAGAGAUUAGCUCGGAUGUUUUGGUCGACAUUCAACAAGGGGAUUUGAUUUUAGCGGCAUCCAGUGGAGAUGAUGUUUUGGAGCAGUUGUUUACGUUGCGUAUUUCAAGGUUUCAGGCGUUGCGUGGUCAAUUAAUAGCAGUUGUGGGACACUCUGGAUCGGGAAAAAGUGCAUUUUUAAGUAGUCUGGCAGGGGAACUUAUUAUGACACCAACGUUUUCACUUACCGUUGCACGGAGUUCCAUGGCGUUUGUAGAGCAGGCACCUUUUUUAAUGACGGGGACAAUACGUGAGAAUAUUCUUUUUGGGCUCGCAUUUGAUUCUGCAAGAUACGAGUCAGUGAUUAGGGCGGUGGCUCUUGACGAGGAUCUCCGUCAUAACUUUGCCCCAGAUUUGGAUCGUACAUUUGUGGGCGAUCGUGGUAGAAAACUGAGUGGUGGUCAAAAAGUACGUGUGGCAUUGGCCCGCGCUUUGUAUGCUAAUAAGGAUUUGUAUCUUGUGGAUGACUUUAUGGGUUGCCUUGACACGACGGUGGCUCACCACAUUGUCCAAGAGGUUUUUGUAACUGCAGCACAGCAAGGGAAGUGUGUCAUUGUUGUGACUCAUAAUGAGGAACUUAUACAUUACGCGGAUGCCGUGUAUGAGUGCGCAGGUGGAUGGCUCGCCAUCACGGAGCGAUCGAAAGCCACAUCUGCCUCAUCCCCCACAUGGAUGCCACGCGAAAUGGAUCAUAAAGGAAAAACGGAAGAAGGAAUAGGUAAAAAGACGGAGAAUGAUUCUAUUGAGGACGCAAAACCUUCUUUUAGGGCCCUGGAGGUGAGUGAGCAUGGGGUUAUUGCCUGGAGCACAAUGAAUUGUUACCUUCGCCGCGUAGGUUGGGGAUUAACGGUGUUUAUUGUCAUCUCCGUUGCCGCCAUGCAAGUUGCUCGGAACGCGAGUGAUCAGUACGUUGUGGUAUGGUCGAAAGAUGGCGACGGGGAUACCGCCGCAUUUAUACAUGUUUUAAGUGCACUUGCUGUAAUUAAUAGUUUGUUGGCAUUUAUCCGUGGAUUUUCUUUUGCAAUUGGAGGUCUACGCGCCGCACAUCGUAUCCACAACGAGCUUUUGCAUCAUGUUAUGUCCGCCACUUUUCAUUUUUUUUCCAAUACACCACCUGGACGAAUUAUCAAUCGAUUAUCAAGCGAUAUUUACACAAUUGAUGAUUCACUUCCUUUUAUUAUUAAUAUUCUUUUGGCGCAGACAUUUCUUCUUAUGGGCUCAAUGAUGAUUAUUAUUCUUAAUUCCACGGGAAUAAUUUUAUUGACUCUCAUCCCACUUUCCCUGUUAUAUUACCGCGUUCAGCGUCCAUACCGUAUCGUUUCACGCGAACUGCGGCGUUUGGAGGCGGCAGCCCGUGCGCCAGUGCUUGAUACCAUGCGUGAAGUGUUAUUGGGUGGAGUGGUGAUUCGAAGCUUUGGAGUUUCUGUAGCUCGAUUCUACAUGCAUCGGGUAAAUGAGCAAGUUGGGGUUCUGCUACGCACACAAUACAACGCAGUGAUGUUAAAUUCAUGGUUUGCUCUCCGGCUUGAAUUGGUGGGUAUUUUGUUGCUUAUUCUUGUUGGAGUGCUUGCUAUUUAUUACCAUGGAAACUCGCACGCUCCCAUGCUGGGAUUGGCACUUGCAUAUGUUCAACCCCUGACAUCAUAUGUAAAUGGCGUUAUUGGUGCGUUUAGCUCCACAGAAAGGGAUCUUAUCAGCGUUGAAAGAGUUUUGCAGUACUUUUACUUGGAACGGGAAGAUGUCAUGGAGAGGGAUGUGCCUUUGCUUUCUUUUGAUUCGUGGCCCACUCGGGGAAAGAUUGACUUUGUAGGUGUAUCUAUGCAAUAUGACGAUUCCGGCCCCAAGGUGCUGCAACACCUCACUUUUCAUGUAGAGGCAGGAGAAAAAUUGGCCAUUGUGGGGCGAACAGGUGCUGGUAAGUCGUCUAUUUUUCUUGCCUUGCUUCGUCUUGUAAAAUUGACGGAGGGAUACAUCGCCAUUGAUGAUAUCGACAUCUGUCAAUUGCCGCUGGAUGUCAUUCGUACCCGUUUGAAUGUGAUCCCACAAAAUCCAGUCAUUUUUCACGGCACACUUCGUAAGAAUGUGGACCCACUGGGUUUACACUCAGAUGAUGAAAUCCGUGCGGCUUUGGCUUGUGUCAACCUUGCCGAUCUUAGUCUGGAUUCCAACAUAGUUGACGGUGGCAAUGUGUGUGGCGGAAAGCAACAUCAAAUUGCAGUCGCCCGCGUGCUGCUCAAACGAUCGUCUCUUCUUCUGUUGGACGAACCCACAUCUCAGCUAAAUUCUGAGGCGGAAUCGUUGCUUUGGCAUGUUUUGGGCACCCACCUGAAAGAAACGACGCUGCUGUGUAUUACGCAUAAACUAUCACACAUUGAUUUCUUUGACCGUGUGAUUGUUAUUGACAAGGGCCGCGUUGUGAAUAGCGGCUCGCCUUCGAUUCUUCGCCGUGAUGGUGCAUGGCCGUUUGCAUAA